UGCUUCCUCUUUCUCUUCGAUUUCUCCAGCAGGAACAGAAUCUGCCCUGCCUCAUCCAGACCAUCAGAGUUCAUCCAGCAGCGCAGCGCAGAGAUGUUGGCCCUCAUCCACCGGCUCCUGGACUGGAUCAGGUCGCUCUUCUGGAAGGAAGAGAUGGAGCUGACACUGGUGGGACUGCAGUACUCUGGAAAAACCACUUUUGUUAACGUGAUAGCUUCUGGUCAGUUCAAUGAAGACAUGAUCCCUACAGUUGGCUUCAACAUGAGGAAAGUCACCAAAGGCAACGUAACAAUAAAAAUUUGGGAUAUAGGCGGGCAGCCGCGGUUCAGGAGCAUGUGGGAGCGAUACUGCCGGGGCGUCAAUGCUAUUGUGUAUAUGGUUGACGCCGCAGAUCGUGAAAAGGUUGAAGCCUCCAGAAACGAGCUACACAACUUGUUAGACAAACCACAGCUGCAAGGCAUUCCUGUACUUGUCCUUGGCAACAAAAGAGACCUUCCCAGCGCACUAGAUGAGAAACAACUAAUUGAAAAGAUGAACCUGUCUGCCAUUCAAGACAGAGAGAUAUGCUGCUACUCUAUUUCAUGCAAAGAGAAAGACAAUAUAGAUAUCACAUUGCAGUGGUUGAUCCAGCAUUCAAAGUCUCGGAGAAGUUGAGAACAAACCCCGUCCUACCCGUAAGCCCAGUCCUGCCCUUGUUCCAGCUCCCAGCUCAGCCCAGCGCUCUUCAGACCGGCCGGCCCUUCCUGUGACCAGUGACGCAGUCCCUCUCAGCCGCAUCUGUCUGUCCAGUAGCUGCCCCUCUCAUUCAUUCUCUAUUACACACAGACUGUCAGUAAAGCUUCUUCAUCGGUGGGCCUCAGACUCCUAAUGAUUGCUACCUUUUGGUCAGUUUUGUUGAUGAAAACCUCUUUUGACCAUUUACAAAGUGAUAUGAAUCAGUUAGGGGGUUUGCCUUCUUAUCCUGUGAAAUAAGAUUGUGCUAUUGUUUGGGGUUUUCUUUUGGUCUAUUUAGUUUAACAGUUUUGUAUUAUUUUUAUAUAAUUUAUUGUGAUAAAGCAUUUUAUCACAAAGAGUAGUUGCAAUGAACAUUUGAGUAGCUAGUAUUGUGCAUUUAGGGCUUCAAUGCAUUUUAAAUGUAUACUACUUUUCAAACGUUUGGGGACAGUAAGAUUUUUUUUUAAAUACUUAUUUUCACGAAGGAUGCAUUAAAUUGUUCAAAAGUAACAGUAAAGAUAAAAAAUGCUCUAGUUGAACUUUCUGUUCUGUCAUGUGUCAUGUUUUCCACAAAAAUAUUAAGCAACAUUGAUGAUAAUAAAUUCUUGAGCAGCAAAUCAGCAUAUUAGAAUGAUUUCUAAAGGAUCAUGUGACACUGAAGACUGGAGUAAUGAUGCUGAAAAUUCAGCUUUGCAUCACAGGAAUAAAUUACAUUUUAAGAUAUAUUUAAAUAGAAGAUAUUUGUUUUAAAUUGUAAGAAUAUUUUCUGUUUUUACUGUAUUUUUUUGUCAAAUAAAUACAGCCUUGGUGAGCAUAAGAGACUUUUUUCAAAAACAUCAAGAAAUCUUACUGACCCCUGAACUUUUAAACUGAAGUUCAUGUUCAGCUCUUGUUUUUCUUUUAAUCUGUGUGUGGAGCAUCUGUUAUUUAAAAAAAUUAACCGUAAUAUAAUCAUAUUUUAUAUUUGCUUGGGUUCAGAGUUGAAUUGUAUCUGGAUGACUAGACGUUUACUAAUAUCUGGCUUUCAGCAAAUCUGGACGUUCUACUAUCUGAUGGUCCCUAAUUAAUAUUCAUGAGUCAAGAUGAUUUUAUGAUGUGUCUCCCCAUGUUUCAGAUCAUCUGUCUAAAUCUUUUCCUACUUGAGCUUCAUUACAAUAACAAAGCCCAGCUCAUUAAUAUUCAUGACCCAGAGCUCAUGGGCAUGCUUUAUGUACUGCAUAAAACAUCUCAAUUAUGAAAACUGUCCUCUACGGGAUCCUGUGUAUGCCAGUGUGGACUUUGUGCCGCUGAUGGACAUUUUGGCAUUUACAUUAGUAAAUUAGUGAGCAUUAAGUUAAGUGCCUUUUGCAGAUACUCACAUUUUUAAAGCCCAGAAAUGGAUAUAGUAUAUAAGAACAAACAGCUAGUCUAAACUUACAGUAGGUGCCAUUAUUAUUACAUUAGCACUGAUUAUUGGACUGUUGGAAAUUGUCUGAUUGCUAAAGUGCAGUUGAAGUCAAAAGUUUACAUCCACCUUGCAGAAUCUGCAAAAUGUAAAUUAUUUUACCAAAAAUAAGACGGAUCAUACAAAAUGCAUGUUGUUUUUUAUUUAAUACUGACCUGAAUGAGAUAUUUCACAUAAAAGACGUUUACAUAUACUCCACCAGAAAAAAUAGUAGUUGAAUUUAUAAAAAUGACCCUGUUCAAAAGUUUACAUACACUUGAUUCUUAAUACUGUGUUGUUGUUUUUUGUUUAGUGAUAGUUGUUCAUGAGUCCCUUGUUUGUCCUGAACAGUUAAACUGCCUGAUGUUCUGUAGUAAAAUCCUUCAGGUCCCACACAUUUUUUGGUUUUUCAGCAUUUUUGUAUAUUUGAAGCCUUUCCAACAAUGACUGUAUGAUUUUGAGAGCCGUCUUUUCACACUGAGGGACUCAUAUGCAACUAUUACAGAAAGUUCAAAUGCUCACUGAUGCUUUAAAAAAAAACAAAACACACAAUGCAUUUAGAACCAGGGGUGAAAACUUUUGAACAGAAUGUAGAUGUGUACAUUUUUCUUAUUUUGCCUAAGUAUCAUAUUUUUUCAUUUAGCACUGCCCUUCGGAAGAUGUUUCCCUAGAUAACAAAAUAAGUUAAAUUUGUCCUGAACUUCAAAUUCAAAAAGUGUUCAAAAACUUUUGACUUCAACUGUAUAUGCUGUGCUAAAAUGUAUUCCUUACUGGUUAACAUACAAAACGAAAUGUUAAGUUAUUUGAGGAAGAUGAUUCACAUACUGGAAGUGGAGGGUCUCGCUUUUGGGUGAAACGAUUCAAACUCCUUUGCGAAUGAACAAAAAAGUACUCCAGGUUUUUCCCGCAAUGUCUCAAAUACUAGCUAUCUUGAAGUCCUUUAUUCUGAUCAAGCCCCUAAAUGCUGCAAAUUCUUCUUCCUGUAUUCUAAAUAUUAGUUUUACAUCUAAAACAUUGCAGUCGUCUUAUCUGUUAUUUAUGACUUAUUAUUACAUGUUCAUGAAUUAGUAGUUUCCGCCGACACAUUGCUUGAAGACUGAGAUGAACGGACUUUCUGCUGUAGUUUUCAGACUGUUCUUACAUCUCUAAUCUACCUCAGCGGUGUCAUGAGCUACAGUGAGCGGUGAGAGAGUUGUAUAAAACCAACGUUUGCUUGUUUUAUGAAGCAGUUCUAAAGAUUUCUUUAGAUUUGAUCUUUAAAAUGUUUGGUUUUCUUUAAAUGAUGAAUCCUUAAAAACCUAGGACUCAGUCCUGAGAUCAAAGGCUUUUGUUUGACUGUAUAUUUGUGUAAAAAUCUAAAGUAUAUGAGAAAAUUACAGUUACUGAGAAGCGUUCUAUUCAUACGCAACUAUUACAGAAGGUUUAAAUGCUCACUGAUGCUUCAGAGGGAAACAUAAUGCAUUAAGAGCCGGGGGAUGAAAACUUUUGAACAGAAUGAAGUUGUGUACAUUUUUCUUAUUUUGCCCAAAUAUUAUAUUUUUUUCAUGUAGUACUGCCCUUCAGAGGCUACAAAAGAUACUUACAUGUUUCCCAGAAGACAAAAUAAGUUAAAUUUACCCUGAUCUUAAAAUUCCAAAAGUUUUCACCCCCU